GGUAGUUUGUGUCACAGGGUGCACGUGCAAAUAUUGAGGCUCAAAAUACACAGAUGGAUGCCCAGCGUGACCUCAUCUGUCUUUGGUCGGCAUUGUAACUUGUCAUAAACCUGUCGAGCUCGACGUCCCCUAUCCUGAGCUUCCCACCCCCACGGUUAUCGACGUUCUUAUGACCCAAAAGUCGGAAGAAACCCGGGAGUUACGAUAAGGUAUCAUACACAAAGUCUACGCGACGAUAGGAGGAGGGGCACCCCAGAGCUCAACCUAGACGGGGGAGGUCUGCUGCCUCUUGGCGAUCGCGCAUCGCACCCCCACAACCCCAUCCCCAACACCACCAUCCUCACCUCGCCGCACCUUUCCGCCAUAUCCACUGUCCAAAAUGCCGGUUCUCCGCCGCUACUGUCGCGUGUCAAAAUACACAGUCCUAGAAGUCCGAAUUUACCUCGACAAUCCGGUCCACCUGCACACCUGGUUACUCUCGCCUCGGUAUAACGUCCUUCCGCGAAUAUUUCAAUCGAUCAAACCACAUGUGUUACCGAAGCUCAAGGAAGAGCGUGAGCGUGGGAGUGGUGGGAAAGGCAAGAGUGCCAAACCAGUUAAUGAUGUCGUCGUCGAAGACGACUACGAAGUUUCUAUAUUCCUUACGAACUCUGGAACGCGUCACACUGUAAUGACGAAACGAAAAACGCUUCGGGGUUAUACUAGUGGUGGUGAAGUGGGUGGGAUGACUGGAGGUACUGGGGUGGGGGUCCAACAUCGAAGAGAGGAGGAUGAUUCGGACGGGGGAAUAAUCGACCUUGAUAGCAUCCCGGAAGCUCCUCUGCUGGAGACAUCGGGGUUAUCGAGUGCCUUCGCGGCGGAAAACCCUUCCACUAGCGGAAGGAGCAGGCGUAAAUCGCCAGACCCCCAACCAAACACAGGCAAUAGAGAUAGAGAGGGGGAAGGGAGUUUAGGUGACGAUAGCGAUUCAGACCCCUUCGAGCCACCCUCGAAACGUCUGCGGAAGACCGCGAAACGGACUGUAACGAUCCGCGAUGAGGAUGACGAUGCGGACCCUGAUUGGUCGGAAAAUAGCGAGGACGAGCCGGAGGAUAAAAAGAAGUUGCCGCUACGCACAGAGUUUGAGGGCUUCAAUAUCUACAGCCGGAUUCUAUGCCUUGUUGUUAAGCGUCGCGGGCCCAUCAAUGCAGGAAGGGCUCCGGCUGCUUCCACUCCGCCUACUGCAAGGCAGAUGAACCCGCCGAACAAGAAGGGUAGGUCUGGAAGCCGGAUAAUGGAGAACUGGAUUGCCAUGAGCCAAGUUGUCAAGGAAGGGGACGAGGAUGAUUAGUAAUACGUGUGAUAUUGCUGUAUUAUCAUAACUCCGGGAAUAGUAAUACGUUAUCAUAAUUAAUAACCAGAA